ACAGCUGUAAACUAGGGGGCGCUGGUUGUGUAUCAGCGGUUCUCUAAAUCAAUAGAAGAAGAAGAAGAUCCAGACCGCUGUGAGGAACAGGAGCUGAAUCUACUGAAGGAAGGAGUAAACUGCUUUUCCUGCAAGUACCCACUGUGCAACAGAGGUAUAAUAUAUUUCACUAACACAUCAAGAAGACAUUUACCUAUUAAACCUGGAAUUUGAAUAUUGGGAUAUGGAAUCCAUAAAUUCCAGCACUCAUGAAAGUUCUUCUACUCAGUGCAUGGAUGCAUCUGUCAAAAUUGAACAAAACAUUACUGAAGAAGUAGCAUCCUACAUUUGUACAGAGUGUGGAAAGAGUUUUAGAUUUCCCAGUACCUUUAAAAGACACCAGCGGAUUCACACAGGAGAAAAACCAUAUCACUGCUUAGAGUGUGGAAAGAGUUUUAGAGAAACUGAUACCCUCAGUAAACACCAGCGCAUUCACACUGGAGAGAAACCAUUUCACUGUUCAGAAUGUGGAAAGAGAUUUAAUCAACAGAGUCAUCUCCAAAGACACCAAAGCAUUCACAAAGGAGAGAAACCGUAUAAUUGUUCAGAGUGUGGAAAGAGUUUUAGAUACAGUGAUACCCUCCAAAAUCACCAACGCAUUCACACUGGAGAGAAACCAUUUCAGUGCUCAGACUGUGGGAUGAGUUUUAUUGAGAGUGGUGUCCUCAGGAAACAUCAGCGCACUCACACUGGAGAGAAACCGUAUAACUGUUCAGAGUGUGGAAAGAGUUUUGUUCAACAGAGUCAUCUCCGAAGGCAUGAGCGCAUUCACACUGGAGAGAAACCGUAUUUCUGCACAGAGUGUGGGCAGAGUUUUAGAGAGAGUGGUACCCUCAGUAAACAUAUGCGCAUUCACACAGGAGAGAGACCGUUUGACUGUUUAGAGUGUGGACAGAAAUUCAGAGACAGUGGUACCCUCCUUAAACACCAGCGCAUUCACACUGGUGAGAAACCGUAUUUCUGCUCAGACUGUGGACAGAGCUUUCGAGACAGUGGUACUCUUCUUAAACAUCAACGCAUUCACACUGGAGAGAAACCGUUUCCUUGUUCUGACUGUGGACAGAGAUUUAGAGACAGUAGUACCCUCUAUAAACACCAGCGGAUUCACACCCGAGAUAAACCAUUUCACUGCUCAGACUGUGGAAAGAUUUUUAUUGAGAGUAAUGACCUCAAGGAUCACCAGUGCAUGAGAGAAACAAAUGAGAGUUUGUGUUUGGGAGAGAGUAGUUUAUUGGAGAAACCCUAGUCUUUUCUUGUGAGCAAACAGUUACCAAGACAAUUGAUCUGUGUAGUAAAUUGAUGUCUUCACCACAGCAUAACCUUCAACACAAGACAAGACAAGUGUAAUUUAAAAGAAGUAUAAUCAGGAAAUAAUUAGGGGAAAAGGUGUUUCUCUAGGUCGGUAGUUUUAUGCCACAUUAUUAUUCACAAUAAAAUGACUUGGUAAGGAUGUAUAUAUGCUUUUGACCCAUUGUGUUAUUUAACAAAAUAAAUGUGUAUUUAACAAGUGUAAAUGUGACGUUUAGCUUAGUUAAAGAAUACUUACUAAUAUCAAUAACUGUUGUUUGUUUUAGAUGUUUAUAUAUCUCUUCAUAAGGUGAAAUGGACAGUUUGUUGGGUUGGUUAUGAGGUAAUGACUGGCCAGUUUAAAACUUUACAGUUUUUCCUAAUGAAUUUCACAUAAUUUUUACAUCAGCAAUAAUGAACAGAAAAAAAAUAUCAUGAAUGUUUUAAUUUAUCCAGUCAUUACUCUAGAAUUCAUGCCUUGUGUUUCUCUCACAAGAAUUGUAACCAGUGUAAGAAGCGGCCGGGGGUCACUAAUAAAUAUGUAUGUAAGAUUUUU